AUGACUGGGGGCGAGCUGCCCGGGGCAGGGGCGCGGGCAGGGGCGGGCGGUGGAGCGGAGCGGAGCGGGGGCCGGUGCUCCCCUCACGGCUGCGGGAGCGGCGCAGGCGCGGAGCCCUCGCUGGGAUGGCGCUCGGCGCGCCCGCCGCCCUCCUCGGCCUCAUCCCUCCCCGCCGCGCUUCUUUCCCCCGCCCAUCGCCACCGCCUCUCGCCCGCCCUCUCGCUCUUCCUCUGCCCCGCUGUCCCUGCACUCCCGCUGAGGGAUGGGCUGGGGACGGCGCUCCCAGGAGAGGGGGGGGUCCCCGCCCCGGCUACGGCCAAGGGAGAGGGGCGGGAGGGGUUGCUAAAGUGCAGGUAUCCUUCCGCUGCUGCCACACGCGCUCACGUGACCUGGACCCCUCCCCGGCUUCCUCCGGCGCUGCCCCGGGUUCCCCUCACACCGACCCCGGGGCUGUCCCCACCCACCCUCACACCGACCCCGGGGCUGUCCUCGACCCACCCUCACACCGACCCCGGGGCUGUCCUCGACCCACCCUCACACCGACCCCGGGGCUGUCCUCGACCCACCCUCACACCGACCCCGGGGCUGUCCCCGAUCCACCCUCACACCGCCCCCGGGGCUGUCCUCGACCCACCCUCACACCGGCGCCGGGGCUUCCCCAGAGCAGCUUGGCGGUGCCGGGGCGAUGGUCCCUGCCCCGGGGCUCCCGCCGGGGUGCGGAGGGAGGCAGGGGACGCCCAGGCGCUGCCCCCUCGGCGGUGGCCCUUGGUGGGCACUGGGGAACGGGAGCCACCUGCCCGGUACCUGCUGUCGUGGCCGGCAGUGCCAGAGCGUGGCUCUCCUCAUCCUCCUCGGGAGCCCCCGGCACCCCCAAGGGGCUCGGCCAGCGCUGGGGUCCGGCGGCACAGCUGCCCUUGGUCCACCUUGACUUGCCCUAAUGCCAUGUGGGCUUUGCUGCAGCCGUGCCCGGAGGCAGAGCCACAGCAUCCAGCAGCUGAGAAGAGCGUAAUCCCUAGAAAUCCUUUAACAAAGCAAAUGGAAAAGCUCCUGUGUUUGAAAACAGCCCUGAGAAGAGCUGCAUUUUUGUCUUGGAGAGGCUGUUAUUUACAUGGAAAAAUAUUGUAUGUAUUGUGCAUGUUCUUAGUCUUCUUCCCACAGAAUCAUCCAAGGAAGUUCUUGCUAAACAACAUCUGUUCAAAUCACCGCUUAGCUGCACGAGUGUUCAUUCUGCAAACUUUUGGCUACUUUGCUGUUUUGAUCCAAAAAAAGUCAAAUGGCACUGGCACAUCUUCUGGCCUGUAGGAGAGAGUGUCCACUGCAGACCUGCCCAAGUGGGAUCACCUGCAGCUCCAAGGGAUGGAGAGUCUGCAUGUUGGACUUGCUCGUCCUCGUGCCUGAUCGUUGAAGCUGCUGGAGAGCUGCUGCCUGUGGCACAGCACUGACGGCAGGAUGUUGAUCCACAUCUGUUCCCAGCUCAACGCUGCCUGGCGCCGUCGGAGUGUCAAUGUUUUGCUUAACAGAUAAAUGCAAACCUCAGGAAAGCUGUGUCAGCAGUCACACCGAGAUGUUGUGGUGCAGCAACGUCAGAGUGUCACAGCAGCUCCUAAAGUUCCGAUCUGGUCUCUCACGGAGAAAAUUGGUGUUUCGUGGAUCUCGAGGCCCUCACUGACUGUUUGCCUCAGAAUCCAGUUUGAAAUUGUACUCCUUGUUUUUCAAACCACACCCUCGCUCCUUGGACUUCUUUCCAGCUUGUCUCCUGGAGACGUGGAGCCCUCCCCUUUCCUCCCCUCUGUCUCUUCUCUCCGUCCAACAGGCUCCUCACUGCUGAGUCAAGAACUGUCUUCUCUCACCGUCCCCAUCCAGAGCUGACUCCUCGUGCAUGUCCCGCAGUCAUUCUCCAUUUUACUGCAAAGUUCCAUUCUUUUCUCCUGGAGUUCAAUUCUUCUUUUCUGUCUGUUCUUACUGAAUGCAUAACUCUGGGUCAUACAAAGCGCUCUGGGGCUCUGGAUGAGUUUCUUCUGUGGUUUGUGUAAGUCAUUGCACAAGCUCCUGAGACCCAGCUGGUAAAAAUGGUUAUGUUUUUUAAGAAAUUAUUUGAAAUGUAAAGAUUCUGUUGCAGAGUUGUUUAAUAUGUAAUUGUUUAAUGUUUAAAUUCCCUCUAGUUCAUUCUUUGAAAGAAGAAUGGCAUUGUACAUGCUUAGAAUUUAAAGGCAAUCCCCUGUUAUGGUGGAUUUAACUCCUGACAUGUUCUUGAUAAAGGUCACUUUAUGAAUUUAGUUCAGUAUGUGAAGCCCCAUCCUGUAGUCCCUGUACAUGAAAGCUCUGCUGGAGAUUAUAAUCCCAUCAUCUCCAUCAGCAGAUUCUGAUGGCAUUUAAUGUCAAAAUGAACAGAAGUGUCUAGAGGCAGUAGCAGUGCAGGCUGGAGGUCUUGAGGUUCCCCACAGAGAAUGCCAUGAUGAUACAUAAUUUACUUGUAGCUUGCAAACAAUAUGCCUGUCUUGCCUCCCAGAAGCAUUUCCACUGGAAGGAGCCAUUUCUGUCCACGAGCAGCACACGGACAUUGAUGCUCUCUGUGCAUUCCUAGAGCCAUUUGCUCCUUCCCUGGACACUGGUGUUCUCCAGGCUUUGCAGCACAGGUGCUGAAUCCCUUACAUGGCAGUUUCUCAGCUGAAAUUGCAACUCCUCCAACCAACCUUGUAAAAAACAGAGAUCUACUGGUGAGUGACGCAAAGCCGGGUAAAGGGCACGGGAGUCAACGUGUGCCUUCAGAAUCUUGACAGAUGGAUCAGGGCUGUGUGCUACAACAACCCUUGGAGAAGCUGAAUUCCUCCUGGGUGUUUCCUCUGGCAGCUCAUUCAUCAAGCAGAUAGAGGGUGAAUGUGUUCUUUGAAAACAUAACCAGUGGCAAGGGAUGAGGUAGCUGAUAUAAAUCCAGGGUGCAUCUCUCUCUAAUAUCACCAGGUCUGGAACGACAGAAACCAAGCUACGCUUCUAAAUAGAGCAAGUAAAAUCUCAGCCUAGAUGGUCCGAGUGGCUGAACACCACUUAGGAGCAUAACUAGUCAGUGUGCACAAACAGGGCAUGAGAAAGGGCUGGGAAGGACCUGGAGGGGUCUGCUGGUUGUCACCUCUGUCCUACAGCAAGGCUGAAUGAGCCAAUGUUGGCCAAUUGCAGAUUAACAGGGUGAUUUGGGAAAUGCUGAAUAUAUUGACUGUUAGGGCCUUUUAGCUAUUUCCUUUGAAAUAGACCCUUGACAGGGAAAACCUCAGUGCUCAUUUUCUUAACAUUAUUACAUUAUCCAGGAAACAGAAUGAAGCCAAGAAAAGCAGAAACCCUGUUACAUUUUCAAGUAUAGUGGUAAACUGUGCAGAUUGUAAACAGAAUUUUUAUUUUCUAUAGGGCAUUUAAAACAUAUUUCCCCUUCUCUUAAUCCUGGCAAGAAGCACUCUCUAAACUCAUAAGCUAUGAAUUCCCCCAUCUCCAGAAGGAAACAGCUCUUUAUGACUGUUCUUGUUUGCCUUGCUUCCUUUUCCCCACCACAGUAAGUUUUGAGACCAGUGGCCAAAUUCAGCCAUGUGUGACAGAGAGGAAUAAGCUCAAAGAAACUGAAUUCCAGCAACUUUCAUGAAAACAGGCAGCCAGAGAGUGGAGAGACUUUUAUUUAGAAGGAAUGGCUGAAGUGGGAGUUCAGCCCUUACUGGAAAAUCUAUGAAGUCAGUGCAAACUGUGGGGGAAAAAAAAAGUCUUUGACCAAGGUCUGCACCUUCUUGAAUUAGUUUUAUUGUUCAUGAAAUAUUUUUGUUCCAUUCCUUUAUUCCCAAAUUCCUGCUUUUGUAGGAAUCUGUACCUUUGUCUGCAUUAACUUUAAAGAUAGGUUCAGAAAUGCUGUCCUGAAAACACCAUUAUUUCCUGAACUGUGUUCUCCCCUUCAAACCCAGUUUUUUAUUAGACCAUGUAAUGCUAUUCUAUGUAACACAAAUGCCCUGGUUUUUUAUUAUCAGCUUGUAGGAUUUCAGGAAGCUGAAGAUAAAAGUGACCCUAAUUUUCGUAUUCACUCUUGGCUUUCUCUGUCUUGAACUGUUUGUGGAACAGGUUUAAUGGACGUUCUCUGCAUUUCUUGGUUCUUAAUGACAUACACAACCUGAAUGUAACAGACUGGCUUUUCUUGAACUUCAGUCUUAACUAGAAUUUUCAAGACACAAACACAACACAAAUAUGUUUCCCAAAGAGGUUUAACAAUCACAAAUUUGCUACCUUUUAGAUUUUUGACAACACAAGCAAGAUGACUGAGCUGGAAUAAAACGUAGGCAAGCACAGGCUUACAUGCUCAAAGUCCUCAUAAUGAAAUGACUAAGGUACCUUAAAAAAAACUCCUACUAAGUGCUGGCAGAAGCAAUUCAUAAACAGUUUGCUACCCUGUCACUAGAAUGAAUUUAGAUGACACAAGAUGAAGACAGCCAUGCCCCUUUAUGCCAGAGCUUUCAGUGUAAGUGAUGCUACUUAGGUGAAGGGUGUUGAAUAAAGGGAGAAAACCUCCCAUGCAGAGGCCUUAACAAGCACCAGAGGGAAUUUACAAUCCUAUCUCUUUAGACAGAUCUUCCCCAGUUUAAAGAAUAUUUGGUACUUUCUACUUUUCUAAAGGCCUGAGGGGUGCCCUGAAAUGUAAAAAAACACACCCAUUUUUUGGCAAACUGUGCUGUUCCAGAUAUGUAGAGUAUCCUUAGCAAACACAAAAAUGAAAGGGGAAGCAUACAAAGUGCUAGUUAAACCAUUUAUUUAGCAUUUUGUCAUCAUGUUGCUUUGCGGAUUUUUGGUUGUGGAAAAAUGUGAUCCAAUAAAGUACUAAUUUCAAAAAGAAUAUAUGGAGGUUAUUAUGCAGUAGCUUUUAAUUGUCUCCUUUCUGCACCAAGCCAUACUGCAUCCAAAGGGGUGAGUUCUAGCCCCAGUGUUGGAAUUUUCCCUCUUCCAUCUUAGCUCUCUACAAGUCAUUUGCUCCAACUCAACCAGAGCCUAGUGCUUAAAAUUCUGGAUGGAGUGAGGCUGCAGCUCCAGCACAUCAGAAGUGAGUCAUCUUUGCGUGUUUCUAUCCAUUCACGAAGACUGAAACAUGUUAAUAAUAAGCAGCUCUUCUUUUGUUUCUUUGGUUAUGCUGGAAGAGGAGAACUAAAGAAUUGAAAGAAACAAGUUUAGUGGUAAGAAAUAAGCACUUCCAUGAGCCCUCCAAAAGAUCCUUAAACAUAUUUCUCUUGUAGCCCAGAAUGUGACCGAGACAGCACAUGAUGUGUUGCCUGAUGCAAGAACUAUGUUCAGUUAAUGCAUAUUGCCAAGUUUGUGUCUGCAAACAGGAGCUUGAUUUGCUGUGUC